ACGGCUUAGGAUAACAGCAUACUAUUUUUAAGAAGUGGAUCUGUGAAAGAAUAGAAACAUUCGGACAUUCAAAUGGAAAAACCUUUACUAGAAGAAGUUAUGUUGAAACGGUCACAGCAGAAGCGCAAAAUGUCACGUGUCAAUUACAAGGAGCGCAUAUUUGUUUUGACCAAAACACAACUCUUGUACUAUAACAACAAAAAUGGGAAAAAAGGGGCAAAAAAGGGAGUAGUUGAAAUUCAGAAGAUCAAGUGCGUCGAGAUUGUAAAUUUGGACGAACCAACUCCAGUGGAGAGGCAAUAUCCAAUUCAGAUUGUGUAUGAUGAAGUAAUUCUAUAUUUGUUUGCUAAAGACGAACAAAGCAGAACUAGAUGGCUGAAUGCAUUAAAAUAUGAAAUCAGAAACAAUCAAAACCUGGCACAGAAAUACCACUGUGGUUUCUGGAAACAUGGGAAGUGGCUUUGUUGUAAACAGACAACAAAAUCAGCACCUUGCUGUAAACAAGUCCCAAAGACAGGUACAUUUGAAAAUAUGGGCAGUAAAUACAGAAGCUCAUUACCACUCCCUCCUCUACCAGGUCAACAGAGAAAACACAUCCAGCUUCCUGAUAUCCCAGGACAAGAAAAAGCAUCUUUAAAGAUGGUGGAAGCAUUGUACAGCUAUGACGGAAAAGGAAAGACUGAGAUUACUGUGAUGAAGGGCAAGAAGUAUUUUGUGAUUGAGGAAACUGAUCAUUUUUGGUGCAAACUGAAAGACAUGCAAGGGAGAGAAGGAUAUGCUCCCUCCAGUUACUUUGCUGUGAACUGUACCAAAAUAGAAGAAUCUGGGGAAACAAGCAGCAUUAUAUCCAGAACUAACUCAUCAAAGGAAUCAGAAAAUGUAGAAGACUAUGAAUGGCAUGCAGGCAGUGUAGCGCGAACCCAAGCGGAGCAGCUUCUAAAAGAAAUGGACAAGGAGGGUGGAUUCAUUGUUAGGGAGUCCAAUCAAGGAAAUGGCUAUGUGGUCUCAGUCUUCACUAAGGCUCUUGAAGAUAAAAAAGGCACAAUUAGACAUUACCACAUAAAUCUUACGGAGGAAAAGAAAUAUUUUUUGGCAGAGGAUCACCUAUUUGAUACAAUACCAGAACUUAUUAAGUAUCAUCAGCACAAUUCAGGAGGAUUGGUUACAAGACUACGACAACCAGUUACCAUUAAAACAAAUAAAGUUCCAGUUUCUUUUGACGGUGAAUGGGAACUUAAACGUAAAGACAUCAAACUGUUGAAGGAGCUGGGAAGCGGGCAGUUUGGAGUGGUGCAGCUGGGGAUGUGGAAGCAGAAAUACAAUGUGGCCAUUAAGAUGAUAAAAGAAGGCUCAAUGUCAGAAGAUGAGUUCCUUGAAGAAGCUGAAAUCAUGAUGAAACUCAAGCACCCAAAUUUGGUCCAGUUGUAUGGGGUUUGCACCAAGGAAUAUCCAAUCUACAUAGUGACAGAGUUUAUGAGUAAUGGCUGCUUGCUGAGCUACCUCAAGAGUGAUGGGAAGACAUUGAACCAGUUCCAGUUUGUGGAAAUGUGCUAUGAUAUAACUGACGCCAUGACCUACUUAGAGGAUCUACAAUUCAUACACAGAGAUUUAGCUGCCAGAAACUGCUUGGUUGAUAAAACGCUGACUGUUAAGGUAUCUGACUUUGGGAUGGCCAGGUAUGUUCUCGAUGAUCAGUACACAAGUUCUACAGGGACCAAAUUUCCAGUGAAGUGGUCAUCUCCAGAGAUAAUUUCUUUCUCAAAAUUUAGCAGCAAGUCAGACGUGUGGGCCUUUGGGGUUCUGAUGUGGGAGAUCUUUACUCUGGGAAAGAUGCCAUAUGAUCUGUUUAAUGGCUGUGAGGUGGUUCAGAAGAUUCUGUCAGGAUACAGGCUGUACAGGCCACAGUUGGCAUCCGACGAAAUCUACUGCAUCAUGUCCAGCUGUUGGAAAGAGCAACCAGAAGACCGGCCAACCUUUCGGCAGCUCAUGCACCGCAUUCAGCUUCUUAGAGAAGAUGACACGCCAUGACAGGAAAAUCAACUCCUUUGUUUUAUCAACAUUACGAAUUCUUGUACUUGAUAUUCUAAUAUAUACUUCAGGAAAAACUUUGUUCUUAACCCUGAAAUAUGCUGUAAAAAUGCAAAUUGUGACAUUGAAAACAGUUUAUAUUUCUGUCUCUUCCCCAUCCAAAAUAUUAGCAUUCGUAGGAAUGUAGUCACGCUGAGCUGUUCAAAUAUUAUAUUUUCACAUGACAAGAUUGGUUCAGACAAAGAAGAACCCUUCAGCCUAUUUUAUCUCAACCUUUCAGAAUACCCACUUUACCGUCCUCCCAU